CCACCACUCACACUCACUUGCCCAAACUGCCACCACACACAUGCACUGUCACAUUCAUAUUCCAAACAUGCAUGCGUGCGCAUAUGGCAGUAGCAGUGAGCUCCAGGAAAAAGACCUUGGAGGUCUGGAUUCGGUCCACGGGCCUUAAUUUGGGAACCUUUGGUCUAUACUGAGCAUAUAAUGCAGCUCCAAACAAUAUUAUACAGCAGUAUAGAUCCAGCUGUAUAUAAGAAAACUCCAUUAUAGGGUCACCUUAGGAUCGCCAUAUCAUAAACAAGUUGUAGACACACAUCAACAAAGUGGAUUUAAGAUCGUGGGUUCUUUUGUCUCAGGACAAUGGCUUGCCUAUUCUAGCACUUGUAUUUCUGUUCCCAAAUUUGCUAAAUUCCACAUUUAUGGCUUAAUUUUUAGUUGCCAUCCUUGAAUCAGAAGUUGAAAUCUUAAAAACAUGUUUGUGUUAUCAAGUUGUUGAAGGGACAGAAAACAGAAAAAUCACAGAAGUAGUUCUCUGCCUCUCAUUAUCGAAAUCAUUGUAAUCAAGUCAUCAUUGAGGCCACAGUGGCUUUUCCAGGGGACAUAACAAAGAAAAUCUGAAAAGAUGAUAAAUACUCGAGUACACUGUUGAAAGCUAAAAUUAGAUAUUGGAGGCAGACAGAGUUACAACAACCUGAAGAGUUGAAUAUACUGUUGGUAAGCCAGAAGACAUUAGAAUCUUGGAACUCAGCUUUUAAUAGCAAGACUGACACUACAGUCACAUUGUAGGAAGACUAAGAAAAGUCCACCUUUAGAGGGAAGCAUUUAAGUCAGACGCCUUGAUGUGGAUCUUAGUGCUGCCGAUUUUCCUGGCCAUUCAUGCCAUAUGCAAAGUGCAUACUAUGAAAUGCACACCAACGGAUCUCCUUCCUAUUCCACAUGAAUGGCACCAGCCUAAUGAAGUCCUCGUUGGUGGGAUUGCAUCUCAUAUCCAUCAAUUGGAACCCUACAUUUCAUUCCGAAGUCGUCCAUCUCAGGAUCCAUAUGAGCUGGCAGCAGUGAUGGUGAAGUACUACCAACACAUCCUGGCCUUGGUGUUUGCCAUUAAUGAGAUCAACAAGGACCCCAAGAUCUUGCCCAACGUCACUCUUGGUUUCCACAUCUAUGACAGCCAUUCUAGUCCAAGCCUGGCCUACCGAGUCACUCUGGACAUGCUCUGCAAAUCCCAAGCAUUUAUUCCCAACUACAAGUGUGGCCUCCAAAACAAUGUCAUAGGAGUGAUUGGAGGGUUUGAUUCGGAAACCUCCUCAUAUAUGGCAGACAUCCUGGGCAUUUACAAGGUCCCACAGGUAGGAUUUAAUCUUGGGGGGUUCUGCAGAUUUUCUAAAUCUCUUUGUUCCUUGUUCAACUGCUAGUAGUUUCCUGAUUUGAGGGAUGAAUGUGAUACAGAUGGAG